UGAGAGAGGGGGUGGGGGGGGUGGGGGAAAGGAAAAAGCUUCAAUGAAGAAGCAAGGUUGUGAGAUAGAAGCAGUUGGUAUCAACUACAAGGUUUACACAAAUAACAGGAGACACCCAUUUAAGAUCUUCGACAGAGAUGAACAGCAGCAAGCGGCGGAAGGAGAUCAAGAACUGGAUGGGCUAGAGAAGGCCAAGGAAACAAAACCCAGGUGCCGGCACGUACUAAAGGACGUAAAUUGUCGAGCAAAGCCGUGGGAAAUUCUGGCCAUUGUUGGCCCGAGCGGUGCUGGCAAGUCGACGCUGCUGGAGAUCCUUGCCGGCAAGCUCACGCCUCAGACGUCGUCCAUCUUUGUCAAUCAGAAGCCCGUCGAUAAGGCUCAGUUCAAGAAGAUAUCAGGGUAUGUCACACAAAAAGAUACGCUCUUUCCUCUCCUCACCGUGGAAGAGACGCUCAUGUUCAGUGCCAAGCUCCGGUUGAGGCUGCCACGUUCGCAGCUGAGCUCCAGGGUGAAGUCAUUGAUGGAGGAGCUAGGCCUGAGCCAUGUCUCGGGGGCCCGAAUAGGCGACGAUCGGGUUCGUGGAAUCUCAGGUGGUGAGAAGCGACGUGUGUCGAUUGGCGUCGACGUAAUACACGACCCCAAAGUGUUGAUCCUCGACGAACCCACGUCGGGGUUGGACAGCACGUCAGCUCUCCAAAUCAUCGACAUGCUGAAGACCAUGGCUGAGACGAGGGGUAGGACGAUAAUUCUCAGUGUUCAUCAGCCUGGGUUCCGAAUCGUGAAGCUCUUCAACUCAGUUCUUUUGUUGGCCAAUGGCUGUGUCUUGUACCACGGGACUGUAGAUCAGCUGAGCAUGCAUUUACGGUCCAUGGGUUUGCAACUCCCCCUUCAGGUUAAUGUCGUCGAAUACGCCAUUGAUGCCAUUGAAACCCUUCAACAACAGCAACGAGAACAACCACAAUUGCCGCAACCACCCAGGAGAGGGGAUGAAGGUGAGUUCAGAAGUGGUAGGUUCACUCUGCAGCAGCUGUUUCAACAAUCUAAGGUAGUUGAUGAAGAAGUAGUUAAUGUUGGGAUCGAUGUUCCUUGCGGUUUUGCUAACUCUAGAUUACGAGAAACGAUUGUGCUGACACAUAGGUUCUCAAAGAACAUCUUUCGAACCAAGGAGCUCUUUGCCUGUAGAACAAUUCAAAUGCUGAUCGCCGGGCUGGUCUUGGGUUCAAUCUUUUAUGAUCUGAAAGAUGAUCUUGUGGGUGCCGAAGAAAGAGUAGGUCUGUUUGCAUUUACAUUGACAUUCUUGUUAUCUUCCACCACAGAAGCUCUACCCAUUUUCCUGCAAGAGAGGGAGAUCUUGAUGAGGGAGACAGCAUGUGGAAGCUAUAGGAUCUCAUCUUAUGCAAUCGCCAAUGGGCUUGUUUUCCUGCCAUUUCUUCUCAUCCUGGCUCUGUUAUUUUCCAUUCCACUGUAUUGGUUGGUGGGUCUUAAUCGGAACUUCACGGCAUUCAUGUAUUUCCUGCUAUUGAUCUGGUUGAUACUCUACACAGCAAAUUCGGUUGUGGUUUGUUUCAGCGCCCUUGUGCCAAAUUUCAUCAUUGGUAACUCGGUGGUAUCUGGCGUUUUGGGGUCAUUCUUCCUGUUCUCCGGCUACUUCAUAUCAAAGAAUGAGAUUCCAAAUUAUUGGAUCUUCAUGCAUUACAUUUCGGUUUUCAAGUAUCCUUUUGAAGGGUUCUUGCUAAAUGAGUUCUCUGGUUCAGGGAAAUGCUUGGAUUACAUGUUUGGUACUUGUGUCAUAAGUGGUGAGGAUGUUCUUAGAGAAGAAGGGUUUGGAAAUGCGAGUAAGUGGAGGAACGUUGUGCUCGUGAUUUGCUUCAUCCUGGUUUACAGAUUUAUUGCCUAUGUCAUACUUCGAUGUAGGUGCUCUGGGAGGAGUCUCAAGAAGAGUUUGGCUUGAACUCUUUCUUUCUGUGAAUAUUGUUGGGAAUUUACAUAAAGUAGUCUUUCAGAAACAAGUCUCAUUUCAGUAAACAUGAAAUGUAAUAAGAGCAAAUUUACUAACAUGAAAAUUUCAUUUCUGACAUC